AUGCCAAAGCUUGUAGAUGAGCUGCUAGCGGAUUACGGAACGAUUCCACAGAAAAUAGCCAGAUUCCUGAUGAAAAAAAACGAAAACACGAUCAAGAGCAUAGCAUUAAGCACAUCUCUGUCUAAUAAGCAGGUGGUGCAUGGCCUUUCGUUCUUGAUCCAGCGCCGGUUUGUGAGGUACUUCCAGUAUGAAAAGGAAAUGUAUUAUGUUUUGGCCAAAGAGAUGGUCUAUCGCAGAUUGCUAUAUUCUGCUUACUACUGUGCUGUGGAGGACAUGCUUGGAUCAGGCAUAGCAAGUCGGUUCAUUGAAAUACUUAUGGCUGGGUUUGUUGAAAUGGAAUGCAAUACUGCAGCACAGGAUGCGAUCCAGAGCCUUGUGGAUGAGGGCAUUGUGUGCAUGCUGGGUAGAAAAGAAGCAUGUGAGUUUGCAAUGGGAUCUAAAUGCAUUGCCAAGAAUGCCUCCAAAUGCACAGACGAUGAAAAUGAUAUUGGCGUAAGCAAAAAGAACAAGGUAAGGAGCGGCAAAGUGUUUGUGAUGGUUGACUUUGACGUUCUUGAUGGCAUGAUUGCAAAAUGCAAGAUGCAGGCAUUUAUUGAAAAGAAGUAUUUGAGAAAAUCCAAGGACAUAUAUGCAUCUAUUCUGAAAUGCAAUCUUGUAACAAUUGACGCAGUUAUGGGCAAUCUUGAUCCAAGCAUAUGCUUUGAUAUGAGCAGAAGCGACGUUGUUUCUUGCAUAAAGUACUUCUGUAGCUGUGGACUGCUGAAAAAAAGCAUGGAUGGCUCUGAUAUGUAUUUCCGAGAUAUUGAUGAGGAGCGAAAGAUUCUGAUUACUGAUUGUUUCUGCAGAGUAUUGGCAAACACCAAUGAGCACUUGCUGAGACUAUUCAGCAUGAUUGUUUAUCAUAAAGAGCUGGAGGACAAGGAUAUUGCACUUAAAUCUCUUAUAUGUACCAGAUCAGUUAAGAAGGCAUUGAUGAUGUUGCAUUCGAAUGGAUUUGUGAAUCUGAAGCAUGUAUCAUCAAGCGAAUCCAGGCCUGUAUUGCAAUGGCAAGUUGAUAUUAGCCGGUCGUCCAAGAUUGUUGCGGAAAAAAUACGAAAGGUUCUCCGAGAGGUGCUGUCUUCGAUUAAUACCAAAUGGCAGAUUAUGAGGCCAGAUGAUGAAGCAGAUGUGGAUGAGGUUUUGCAGCUUAAGAGCCUGCACAAACUAUCUGUAGAUCUGUUUGUUAUUGGGUUCUAG